CUAUCGCAAGAUCGCAUAUUUUCGAUCAACAAGUCCUUUUAUAAAUUUGUAAAACUGCAAAUAUUUUUUCUAAAAAUGAAAACAAUAGUGCUCUUUUCACUAUUUUUCUGCUUGAAUUUUUACCCAACCACUUCGUUGAGAAAGAUUGUUCCUAGAAGAAAUAGUACUAGAAACAUUUCAGGUGGACGAAUCAUCGGGGGUCAAACUGCCAAUCCAGCCCAAUUCACUCACGCUGCGGCAAUUUAUGUUCAAAACCCUACCAGCAGAUAUUUCUGUUCCGGUUCUCUUCUUUCCAAUCAAUGGAUCUUAACAGCCGGUCAGUGUGUCGAUGGGGCCACAUUGUUCCAGAUUUUUCUGGGAUCAGUUCAUCUGAGUGGUGGCAGCGAACAGAUUGAAGUUGCAACUUCUUCGUACGUGCUUCACCCUGACUAUAAUCCGUUAACUCUAGAAAAUGACAUAGGUCUCAUUCAACUACGGCUGCCUAUCACUUUGACCAAUUAUAUACAGCCUUUUCAGAGGCUUUCACUGGCUGAACUCCCGGAUUACGUUAUAGCUACAAUUUUUGGAUGGGGACAGACUUCUGAUGAAGAUGCUGGGCUUUCUGAUGCAAUGCAAUGGGUGCGUGUCGUAAGUUUGUCAAAUACUGAAUGUGCGCUUACUUAUGGAAGUCAAAUUGUUGACACUAUGCUUUGUGUUGAAGGAAACUUAAAUGAAGGAACAUGUUAUGGUGAUAUUGGCAGUACUUUAGUUCAAUAUUUCGCUAGCGGUCAGCCAUUUCCUGUUGGUAUUGCAAGUUUUGUUAGUUACAAUGGUUGCGAAAGUACAGAUCCUUCAGGGUUUACAAGAACUUAUCCGUAUAAUGCUUGGAUUAGAAAUGUAACGCAGCUGGAUAUUUAGCCAGCGCGAUUUUUGUUGAAGAUUUGACACUUUGGUUGUUCCAUUUUUAAAAAUAUAAAAUCUGGGUCUUUUUUUACUA